CAUAUACUUCUACAGUCAUUUUCUUCUAUAAAUAAAUUCCAAAAUCCAUACAUAAUUUCACACACCUUAGCCACAACAACCACAUUCAUUGAGUUUGUAACAUUAUUUAUGAUGAAACAACAAAUGAAGUUGGUGUCACUGUUUCUUCUGAUGGUGCUAAUGAUGUCUUGUAUGUUGAAACUCUCCAAUGGGAUCAGCUUAUGUAAAAUGAAUGAAGAUGGACUUGAUGCUUGCAAGCCAUCAGUUACACAGCCAGAUCCAACUAAGCCAACUCCUAAAUGCUGUGAGGCACUUACUGGUGCUGAUUUGCAAUGUCUUUGCUCUUAUAAGAACUCAGUGGAGUUACCUUUACUUGGAAUUGAUCCAACUCUUGCUGCUUCACUUCCUAAAGAAUGUAAUCUCACUCCUCCAGAUAAUUGUAAUUAAGCUUCAUUUACAUAUAGUGUGUGUUUGGGUUUGUUUGUGUGUCUUAUUGUUCUCUUCAACUAGCUUUAUUAUUAAGUUAAAAUGUAUUGAUUGUAAUGUUUGCUACUUGUAUAAGUAAGUUUUCUUUUUCUCUAUGUUAUUUCUAGAGGAAAAGGUUACUAAUUUAGUAGUUAUAUGAUAAAUUUUAGGCAAAAUGUAUCCCAAUAUCCUUUAAGUUAAUAAUAAUUUGUAUUUUUAUUUA